AUGCCCGCCAUGAACAUCGUUUUCGGCCACUUGGUAGGCACGUUCACUGGGUACUUUAGUACCGAUGCCGCCACAACUUAUGAGAUGUUCGCCGCUGCCAUUAGCUCUUGCGCUUUGUAUCUUGUCGGAUUUCGGACAACCAGUAUGAGAAUAUCGGCUGCUAUCAGAAUCGAAUACAUGAAGUCUCUCUUUUCCCAGCCUGUCUCAACGCUCGACGUCCUACCACCGGGGCAGACAGCGGCAAUCAUCACAAUCACAGCCAGCGCACUCCAAACUGGUAUAUCUGAAAAGCUCUCGACAUUUCUCCAAUCCUGCUCAACUGUCGUCGCCGCAUUUACCAUAUCCAUGGUUUACAGUUGGUCUCUCACGUUGAUAACCAGCAGCGGUGUGGUUCUAAUCGUCAUCACUUACCUCAUGACGACUCCAGCGCUUGUGAAGCGGUUGAGCGAGGUGCAACAGUCCAAUAUCCAGGCAUCUACUAUUGCAAGUGAAGCCUUUAGCUCGAUCCGAAUGGUUGUCGCAUGUGACGCGGCGGGCAAGAUUACCAAGCGAUUUGCUAAGUGGGCAGAUGAAUCCCGCCGGCGUGGCCUGAAGAUGGCUCCGGUCGUGGCAAUGCAGCAAGGGCCAAUACAGUUCGCGGUUUACAGCACCUUCGCCCUCUCGUUCUGGUACGCGUUGAAAAUGCAUAUGGGAUUUGAACUCAGAAGCGCAGAAACCCUAAUCGUUGUAAUCAUGUCAGUGAUGCUCAUGACCACCGCAAUCAGUGGGAUCACAGCUCCAUUGUCUGCAGCAGCACAAGCUUCUGGUGCAGCAAAGAUAUUUUACAGCAUAAUUGAUUUGCCACGUCUUGACAAGUCGGGUACUAAGGGCUUAGAUAUGUCAGCAUCUGAUGAUAUCGUCUUUGAACAUGUCAAUUUUGCCUACCCGUCGAGACCGGAUACCAAGAUCCUGGAUGACUUGAGCCUCCGUCUCCCGGCCGGUAAAGUCACUGCAAUCGUUGGUCCUUCUGGGUCGGGAAAGAGCACCAUUGUUGGCUUGCUGGAACGGUGGUAUGAAAUUGAAUCACCAGAUAGCGGACAUCCGAGCCUGAACUGUCGAAAUGGAUUAAUCACCGUCGCAGGCCAGCCCCUGAGACAGAUUGGCCUCAAAUGGUGGAGGUCCCAAAUCGGCCUCGUACAGCAAGAACCAUGUCUCUUCAACGACACCAUCUUCUCCAACGUCGAGUUUGGCCUAGUGGGUACCGAAUGGGAGAACUCAGAUCAUGAGACCAAAACUCGCCUCGUGAAGCAAGCAUGUAUCGAAGCAUAUGCUGACGAGUUUGUCAGUCGUUUGCCAGAUGGGUACUCGACGAUGGUCGGAGAUUCUGGUAUGAAGCUCAGCGGUGGUCAGCGGCAGCGCCUAGCCAUUGCAAGAAGCAUUGUCAAGCGCCCAAAAAUCUUAAUCCUAGACGAGGCCACCAGCAGCAUUGACGUCCGCGGGGAACAAAUGGUUCAAGCAGCCCUUGACAAAGUGUCCAAGGACCGUACGACACUUGUCAUUGCCCAUCGACUUGCGACAGUCAAAAAGGCAGACAACAUCAUCGUUCUUCGGAAGGGCAAAGCAAUUCAGCGAGGCACGCAUGAUGUUUUGAUGGCGCAGGAGGGCGGGGCAUAUUUUGCUCUGGCGACUGCUCAACAACUUGUCACGGAAACCCAAAAACUCCAAGAAAGCAUUGGAACCCGAUCCAAUGUCGAAGUCACUGAGAAGAGCAGCCUCACCACCAUCACCACGGACACAACACUGAUUGACAAGUCCGACACCACCAACACUAAAGAAUUACAGGGUAAUACAGAACGGCCAAAGAGGGGGUUUUGGCAGACCUUCCUACCGCUUCUAGGAGAACAAACCCGCCAGAAGACGUGGUACACUAUCCUUCUUCUCAGCGCCUUGGGCGGAGGAGCGAGUCAACCGAUCCAGGCAUACCUGUUCGCGACCGAACUCGUACUGUUCCAGUCAUGGGAUGAGUGGGUCACUGCGGCAGCAAACUUCUGGAGCUUAAUGUUCGUCAUGUUGGCCAUUUUCGUGGCGGCGAGCUACUUUGCUUUGGGUUGGUCAUCGGCCACAAUUACUUUUUACAUCACGCAUCGCUACCGUGGCGAGUACUUCCUUAAUAUGUUGUCCAAAUCGAUCACGUUCUUUGACGACGAAGCCCACUCCGUUGGCGCCCUUACCGCGCAGCUAGCCACCGACCCUAUACAUCUCCAAGAGCUCCUUGGCACAAACAUGGCAUUCGUUCUCAUCUCCAUUUUGAACAUUGUCGGCUGUCUGGCCAUCGCCUUCUAUUUCGGUUGGAAACUUACCAUUGUGACGCUUUGCUCCUCAGUGCCCCUGAUCACCGCUGCGGCCUUCUUCCGGAUCCGAUACGAGCGACAGUUUGAGCAGAAGAAUAAUGAAGUGUUUGCGGAAAGCGCAAAGUUUGCGACCGAAUCUAUUGCAGCGUUUAGGACUGUGUCGGCACUAACGUUGGAGGAUACCAUUAUGCGGCGGUACCAGAGUCUUCUUCAAAAGCAGAUCAAGAAAGCGUUUUGGAAGUCCACUUGGACGACGUUGAUCUUCUCCGCUGCAGACAGCGUUGUCUUACUGUGUAUGGCCUUUGUACUUUGGUACGGAGGCGGGCUCAUGUUGAAGGGAGCGUACACCUCCUUUCAAUACAUGGUUGUUUACAUUGCCGUGAUGCAGGGUGCCCUUGGAACAGGGAGGUGGCUCAGUCACUCUCCAAAUAUUGCGAAAGCCACUCUCUCCGCAAACCGGAUUCUUGGGAUGAGAACUCAAGAUCACACAGAUGGUAAGCUCGUUUCGCUAGAUCUAGGAGAUCUAGGAGAUGAGGACAUGGGAGUCAAGAUCCAGUUUCGGAACGUGUCGUUCAAGUAUCCGACGCGAAAUACACCCGUCUUAAAGGGUCUAGAUAUGACGAUUGAGAAAGGACAGUUUGCCGCCGUGGUUAAUGGGCCCAAUCCUCAUUUAUAUUGGACCCAAACUCUAACUAUGUUUAAUGGCAGAUUCUACACGCCCAGCACCGGAAGAAUCGAAUACAACGGAUCGGACUUGACCGAUCUUUGCCUCACAAGCUACCGCAAAGACAUCUCACUCGUGGCCCAAGAACCGGGCCUCUUCAGUGGCACAUUCCGGGAAAACAUUCUUCUCGGCGUAAAUGAAGACACAAUAACGGAUGAGCAACUCCACCAAGCUUGCCGUGACGCAGAGAUCCAUGAGUUCAUCGUUUCUCUCCCAGAUGGAUACGACGCCGAGGUCGGUCAGCGCGGUGUAACAUUAUCCGGGGGACAGAAACAGCGCAUUGCCAUUGCGAGAGCCUUGAUUCGCGAUCCCCGUCUCCUCCUUCUCGACGAAGCUACCUCCAACUUGGAUGCCGAGACAGAAGGGCUGGUGCAAGCGGUGUUUGAGAAGAAUAAGAAAAAUAGAACGCUGGUGGUGGUGGCGCAUAGACUGGCCACGGUGCAAAACGCCGACGUGAUAUUUGUUCUUGCGGACGGCCGAGUGGUGGAAAAGGGGGACCAUUCCUCGCUCUUGUUUUAUUUCUCGAUAAACAACAUGCCUCUCAUCCCUGCUGGCCUCCAGGAGUCGAUUGACAACUCAAAAUGCGAGUAUCGGCGUCUGGGUAAAAGCGGCCUCACGGUGUCGGUGCCCAUUUUCGGCUGCAUGAGUUUCGGUGACCCGAGGACGCUGGACUGGGCCAUCAGCGAGGAAGAAGCACUGCCCUUGCUCAAAGCGGCCUACGAACGCGGGCUCAACACGUGGGAUACAGCCAAUGUGUACUCAAACGGCGCGUCCGAGGUCAUCGUCGGCAAGGCGAUCAAAAAGUACAACAUCCCGCGGGAGAAGGUGGUGAUCCUGAGCAAGUGCAACUUCGCCGUCGGCGAGCAGCCCGAACUCCGCGGCGUCCUCUUCCCCGCGCAAAUUGCCACGUCCAAGGACUACGUCAACAAUUUCGGCCUGUCUCGCGCGGCCAUCUUCAACCAAGUCGAGGCCUCGCUCAAGCGCCUGGAUACCCCUUACAUCGACCUGCUGCAGAUCCACCGCUUCGACCACAACACGCCUCUGGAGGAGACCAUGAAGGCGCUGCACGACCUGGUCCAGGCCGGGAAAGUCCGCUACAUCGGCGCCAGCAGCAUGUGGGCGACGCAGUUUGCACGCCUGCAGUUCGUCGCGGAGCGCAACGGCUGGACCAAGUUUAUCAGCAUGCAGAACCAGUACAACUUGCUGUACCGCGAGGAGGAGCGUGAGAUGAUUCGCUUCUGCAACGACACCGGGGUUGGUCUGAUCCCUUGGGCGCCCUUGUGCCGAGGCCAUCUCGCUCGUCGUCCGGAGAAGUACGGGUCGACGACGCGCAGCCAGGGCGAGAAGAACAGCCAACCCGGUGCGCAUGGGACGACUGAGACGGAUCUGAACACCAUUAACCGCGUUGUUGAGUUGGCGGAUAAGCACGAGUGGCCGAUCUCCCACGUUGCGCUUGCGUGGAUCAACAAGCGUAUCACGAGUCCCAUUAUCGGCUUCAGCAGUGUCCAAAGGCUGGAGGAAGCCAUCUCGGCAAGGGGUAAAGUGCUGACGGACGAAGAGGAGAAGUAUCUGGAGGAGCUGUACCAGCCGAAGGCGAUUCACGGGCACUCGUAG